UCGACGGUAGGCGGUAGUCUAGCGAACAUGGCUGAGAACAAUGGCAAAUCGUUGUGACUAGCUGCGCCGUCUCGCUUUAAAAAAAUUGUCAACAAAUCCCGAAUAAUCAAAUCACAAAGCCCAGAGGACCGCUCAACACACCGUCGAUAAUAUGAUGGCAACUGCUGUUCAAGAGAAUGGCAUGAGACCUCUAACGAACGGUUCCUUCAAUCACGUUGAGAAGGUGGAGCCUGUAGAUAAUUUGGAAAACGGUGAAACAAUAAAUGAGACUGAGACCCCCAACAACUCUCCACCAAGCAUGCCUGUUGAGGAGAGCGAUGCACCGAGGGAAAUUGAUAUUGUCAUACGUAAUGUUGUCUGCAGCUUUAGUGUCCGGUGCCAUCUGAAUUUGAGAGAGAUUGCACUGAGGGGUGCUAAUGUGGAGUACAAGAGGGAGCAUGGGAUGAUCACAAUGAAACUUCGAAAUCCCUCGACGACAGCUUCAAUCUGGUCAUCAGGAAAAAUAUCAUGCACCGGAGCAGAGAGUGAGUCUGAUGCCAAAAAAGCAGCAAGAAAAAUAGCUAGGUGUCUAGCUAAACUAGGUUUCAAUGUUAGAUUCAGUAAUUUUCGGGUAGUAAAUGUACUUGGCACAUGUCUCAUGCCCUGGGACAUCAGAAUCAAUCUCUUCUCGAUGGCCCACAGAGAGCACGCAGACUACGAGCCAGAGUUGCAUCCUGGAGUGACGUAUAAACUGACAGAGCCUAAAGCAACGUUAAAAAUCUUCUCCACUGGCAAUGUCACAAUAACAGGUACGUCAAGUGUUGCUUUGGUAGCCAAUGCAGUCGAGAAAAUAUUCCCUCUAGUCCAGGAAUUUCGUAAGCCUCGUACACAGGAAGAACUCGCAGCGAGAAGACGCAGGGGGAUUAAGCGCGCUCGCAGCACCUUCAUAGAAGACAAAGACCCGAUCGAGGAGUCCAUCGCCACCGACAUCGAGGAGGACGAGGAAAUGGCCCUCGAGAGCGAUGGAGACUGGGACUGAAUCAUUCGUCGAGUGAAUUUUUCUCAUUUUAUUCAUCGGUAAAAUGGUCUUGAAUGUACUGAAGUGUUCAAUGGACAAAAACAUGUUUUUUUCUCUUCAGUGAAGUGACGAAAAUGGGCGAGGGAAAUUUCAUGAGAAUGAAGAAUUGAGGAAUUGAAUCGAGAAAUAAUUUUUUUUCCACUGGACAUUGGUAUUUCGACGAUUCUCAAUUUUUCUUUAUCAUUUGUUGAUCAUUAUGUUGUGAAGUGGGUGAUGAAAGAAUAUAGCUUCGAUUUUUUUCGCUGAAAUCCGGAGAUGUUUCCACCGAUGAAGGAGAGAAGAACAUAUUUGCAAAGAACAUUGGAAAAAUAAUCGUAAUUAUUUAAACAUUAAGUAAAUUAUCAUCGACAGAGCAUCGUUUAUGUUCACAGUUUCAUGCUAGCAAUACGAAACCCCUUUAUUAUCGUUUAUAGUAGCUAUUCUUUCCUAUUUUCGUUGGACGUAAGUCGGUGGAAAUUGUGAAGUUGAAAAACAGAAUGAGUUGAUUUUUCAUUUGUUUCUUCUGAAUAUCUCGACACGUUUGUGAAUUAUUUUCUUUUUUGAGAAUUGUAACAGCCAAAAAAACAUCUUCAUAAAAAUUUUCCCAUUUUACUGGACUCAAUGAUUAAAAUGUUUUCGCAGAAGUUUGAUCUUUGAAUCUGUGGGAGACGGAAAAAUUUUUGUUGAGAUAUUUUUUGUGCUAAAAUUUUAAGACCUACAAGGACAUGUUUAGAAAAGCUGAUGUAACUCAUCCUGUUCCAUAAAAAGUCACUUCUAAAUUGAUUUUUCAGUUGAAUUUCACAAAUUCUGAGGUGAAAAAUUCACCAUCAAAAUUUCGGGGAGAGUUUGAAAUUUAGAUUUGGAUUUUUCGCGAACACUUGUGCUGCUGGCAUUCAAUUUCCGCUUUUGUUUCGUAUAUUUUUCCUUUUUUACUUAAUGUACUGUGCCAAAGAUGGAUGUUCAAAAUUUGAGGUGAAGAUUAGCAAACUUGUGGUGUUUUCUCAUUCACUGAAUGAAGAAUAAGUUUAUUUCAUUUUUUUCUCAUUGAAUUUUGUUCAUUUUUUGUUCGCUGAUUCAUGUCAAUUCAAUUCCAUUCAUUUUUACUUAUUUUUGUUAUUAUUAUUCUUGACGAUAAUUACAGUAUUUCUUUAGGUAAAUUAAAUUUUAUUAUGAUUUUUCAUGACAAUUAUUACGACAGAUCAGUGGUGGAGUGAUUGAAACCGAAUCGAUAUUUCAUGGUUCGUCGUUUUCCCGAGAAAAUGUGAAAUUAACAAAGACGUAAACUUGGAGUUGUCAUUUCACUGCUGAAAUAAUGAUAUUUUCGUUAAAAAAUAGAUGGAGUUGAUGAAAUGAUGAGUAAAACAAGUUUGCUAAUUGUAUCGUUCAAUUAAACAGCGGAAAUGUUCCUAGUUUAUUUAAUAAUUUAGUGAAGAAAGAGCGGUCCAUCCCUGCUCGAGCAUUUGUAAUAUUAGAACAAAAUAAAAAGUGUUUCUUUA